CGGUGCAGAAAGGAAAGGCGGAACAGACCUCCGGGCCCAGGCAGGCCGGCCGAAUGAGGAGGCUCUUGGGCUUUGAGUGGACGGAUUUGUCUAGCUGGCGGAGGCUGGUGACCCUGCUGAAUCGGCCGACGGACCCUGCCAGCCUGGCUGUCUUCCGUUUUCUCUUCGGGUUCUUGAUGGUGCUGGACAUUCCCCAGGAGCGGGGGCUCAGCUCCCUGGACCGAAGGUACCUGGAUGGGCUGGACGUGUGCCGCUUCCCCUUGCUGGAUGCCCUGCACCCACUGCCACUUGACUGGAUGUAUCUUGUCUAUACCAUCAUGUUUCUGGGUGCACUGGGCAUGAUGCUGGGCCUGUGCUAUCGGAUAAGCUGUGUGUUAUUCCUGCUGCCAUACUGGUACGUGUUUCUCCUGGACAAGACAUCAUGGAACAACCACUCCUACCUGUAUGGUCUGUUGGCCUUUCAACUGACAUUCGUGAAUGCAAAUCACUACUGGUCUGUGGACGGCCUGCUGAGUGCCCGCAGGAGGAAUGCCCAUGUGCCCCUUUGGAACUACGUACUGCUACGCGGCCAGAUCUUCAUCGUGUACUUCAUCGCGGGUGUGAAGAAGCUGGACGCAGACUGGGUUGAGGGCUAUUCCAUGGAACACCUGUCCCGGCACUGGCUCUUUAGCCCCUUCAAGCUGUUGCUGUCGGAGGAGCUGACUAGCCUGCUGGUGGUGCACUGGGGCGGGCUGCUGCUUGACCUCUCGGCCGGCUUCCUGCUCUUUUUCGAUGCAUCAAGAUUCGUUGGCCUCUUCUUUGUGUCCUACUUCCACUGCAUGAAUUCCCAGCUUUUCAGCAUCGGGAUGUUCCCCUACGUCAUGCUGGCCAGCAGCCCUCUCUUCUGCUCUCCCGCGUGGCCUCGGAAGCUGAUGUCCCACUGCCCCAUGAGGCUGCAGGAACUGUUGCCCCCCAAGGCUGCCCCUCAGCCCAGCGCCUCCUGCAUGUACAGGAAGAGCCGGACCAAGAGCGGCCAGAAGCCAGGGCUGUGCCACCAGCUGGGUGCCGCCUUCACCCUGCUCUACCUCCUGGAGCAGCUCCUCCUGCCCUACUCGCACUUCCUCACCCAGGGCUACAACAACUGGACCAACGGGCUGUAUGGCUACUCCUGGGACAUGAUGGUGCACUCCCGCUCUCACCAGCACGUGAAGAUCACCUACCGGGAUGGCCGCACGGGCGAGCUGGGCUACCUCAACCCUGGGGUAUUCACGCAGAGCCGGCGAUGGAAGGACCACGCAGACAUGCUGAAGCAGUACGCCACUUGCCUCAGCCGCCUGCUUCCCAAGUACAACGUCACCGAGCCCCAGAUCUACUUUGACAUCUGGGUCUCCAUCAAUGACCGCUUCCAGCAGAGGAUUUUUGAUCCUCGUGUGGACAUCGUGCAGGCCGCUUGGUCCCCCUUCCAGCGUACACCUUGGCUACAGCCGCUCUUGAUGGACCUGUCUCCCUGGAGGGCCAAGCUGCAGGAAAUCAAGAGCAGCCUGGACAACCACACGGAGGUGGUCUUCAUUGCAGACUUCCCUGGGCUGCACUUGGAGAAUUUUGUGAGCGAAGACCUGGGCAACACUAGCAUCCAGCUGCUGCAGGGGGAGGUGACGGUGGAGUUGGUGGCAGAACAGAAGAACCAGACUCUUCAGGAAGGAGAGAAGAUGCAGCUGCCUGCUGGCGAGUACCACAAGGUGCACACAACGUCACCUGGUCCUUCCUGCUACAUGUACAUCUACGUCAACACUACAGAGCUUGCCCUGGAACAAGACCUGGUCUACCUGCAAGAACUCAAGGAGAAGGUAGAGAAUGGAAGUGAAACAGGGCCUCUGCCUCCAGAGCUGCAGCCUCUGUUUGAAGGGAAAGUCAAAGGGGGCCCGGAGCCAACACCUCUGGUUCAGACAUUUCUUAGACGCCAGCAGCGGCUCCAAGAGAUGGAACGCCGGCGAAACGCCCCUUUCCACGAGCGACUCGCCCGCUUCUUGCUGCGAAAGCUCUAUGUCUUUCGCCGCAGCUUCCUGAUGACUUGCAUUUCACUUCGAAAUCUGGUAUUAGGCCGCCCUUCUCUGGAGCAGCUGGCGCAAGAGGUGACUUACGCGAACUUGCGGCCCUUUGAGCCAGUGGAAGAAUCGAGUCCUUCAGAUACGGAUUCUUCAGAUCCUGAUCCUCUCGAGUCCGUUUCUGAUGUCCACUCAGAGCUCUGAGGGGGGCCAGAUGUUGGGUGCAGAUGUGGAAGCCAGUCACGGGCCUAUCCGGUGUAGUGGACAUCUGAAAAAAAUUAUCUUUUUUUUUUUUUUUAACUUUUUUCCUCCUUCUUUAAAGCUCUUUUUGGAUUCAGAUAUGACAGCUUAGAGAAGCCAAAGAAAUAAAGCAAGGGUAAGAGUUAUCGAAGAUUCAGGGGCCAGGAGGAGGCUAGCAGCAUUGUUAAAAUGUCCUCCUAGGAUAUGAGGGCAAGAAUUAGGUUUAGAAUGGCUGGCUCUUUGGGGAAAAAGAUUUCAUGUACCGUGGUAACAAUAAUAGCUAGCUGUUCCCAAGUGUUUGCUCUGUGCUGGGCACUAUGUGAAGCAGUGUAUCUGCAUUAUCUCAUUAGACUGAGAAGCAAAAUAAUUUGCCCGAAGACAUAUAGCUAGUGACAGGUGGACUGAUGGUUUGAACUUUUAAGUGUUUCACUUAGGUCCUGUACCCUGUCACUUGUAAUUUUUGGAACUACUCAUAAUAAGUCUGAAAUAAUGUAGCUUCAAACUUAAUUAGAAAUGUUAGGAUGGGGAUCAGGUUGUAAAUGCAACAAAGCUCUCCUUCCUUCUUUGUUCUUAUCAUGUAUGUAGCCAGUUUCUCGCUAGCAAUUAUGAGUCGUCAGAAUAGCACCAUCAGUUUCUUAAUAAGGAAAUCUAGAUGAUUGAUAGUAUUUCUCUAAAAAUAAGCUUAGUAUUUAAUAUUAUUAGCCUUUAGUGAGCAGAAGGUGAUGUAAAAUAAGAAUUAACCACACUGGAUGAGGGAUUAGGGGAUGUUUACAGACACUGUAGGUUUGGAUGCACAAGGGUGAUUCAGGAAACUGUUUGGUCCACAAAAACUCAAAAGGCUUGCACUGAGCCAGGAAACAAGAAUGCGGCGUUUAAAAAUAAGGGUUCCUGUGUUGGGAGCUUCUAGUUUUGUAGCCGACUGGGCAUUAAUGGGCAGUCUCGGGAACUUCUCCAGAAGUCUCGCAUCUCUCCCUGGGCUUCUCUUCCCAUGUUCUCAGGCGCCUUCCCCUGGGACAGGGAUCCCAGGGUUUUCUCCUACGUCCCUGCCUUUUCACUGCAUAUUUCACAAGACAGUGCCUACUCUGUGAUCCAGUGACGUUAGGUCUCCUUCCUGUGCCCUGGACCUAUAGGUUUAAGCUCCACAUGGAUGUCCCAUAAGGCUAAACUCGCCAUCCUAAACAGAACAUAGAUGCAUUCCCACCUCU